AUGUUAUACUGGCGCUUCAUCCUUGCAACCGCCGUGGCCCUGGCCACGGCCGCGGCACAGGAGUUUACGGGUGACGGCACGGGGUACGUCCUCGGCACACCAAGCAGCGGCAAUUGCAACUUCAUGAACGUCCCGAAAGCUGUGUCGACAAAUUAUGUCGCGCUCGCAACCGAACGCUUUGCGCAAACGGCCGCGUGCGGAAAGUGCAUUCAAGUACGCUGCACGGACGACAAAUGCAAAGGUGCCACUGCCACGGAAGUGCUCUACGUUGUGGAUCAGUGCCCUGGCUGUGCCAAGGACGACCUCGACUUUUCUCGCGAA